AUGGCAUCUACGCUUGAUACUACGGUGUACCGAGGCAACAUUAUCAACAAUGAAUUCAUCCCGACGGCCACUACGCGGCAUUCUAUCAAUCCUUCCACCGGCGAGGCUCUGUAUGAGGUGCCCUGCGCCACUCAACAAGAUGUGGACAAGGCCGUAGGAUGCGCGAAGGAGGCCUUCCGGACCUGGUCCCAGGUCUCUUUCGCCGAGCGAUCCCGGCUUCUCCUAGCUUAUGCGGAUGCAGUCGAGGCGCAUCGCGAGCCAUUGGAGAAACUGUUGGUCCAGGAGCAAGGAAAACCGCUGGCCCUGGCCAAGGCGGAGUUCGACAUGACUUUGAACUGGCUCAGGGCGUUUGCAAAGAUGGAAGUCCAGGAUGAGGUCCUUGACGAGAACGAGGAACGUGUCAUCACCCAGACCUUCCCUCCGAUCGGCGUGUGCUGCGGCAUUGUCCCGUGGAACUGGCCCGUGCUGCUCGGGCUGGGCAAGGUCGGCCCAGCGCUCAUCACGGGCAACGUCAUCAUCGUCAAGCCCUCCCCGUUCACGCCGUACUGCGACUUGAAGCUGGGCGAGAUCGGAAUGGGCAUCUUCCCGCCGGGCGUCUUCCAGGUCCUCAGCGGCGGAGAUGACCUCGGGCCCAUGCUGACUGAGCACCCGGGCAUUGACAAAGUCGCGUUUACGGGUUCCGUCGCUACUGGCAAGCUGGUCAUGCAGAGCUGUGCCAAGACGUUGAAGCGGGUCACGCUCGAGCUCGGCGGCAACGACGCCUGCAUUGUGUGCGAGGACGUCGACAUCGAGGCCAUCGUCCCCAAGAUCACGACUCUCGCGUUCCUCAACUCUGGGCAGAUUUGCAUGCUGGUCAAGCGACUGUAUAUCCACGAGAAGAUUUACGAAAAGUUCCGAGACGCCAUGGUCAGCUUUGCCAAGACCAUCAAGACGGGCGAUGGGUUCGAGCCGGACGUUCUUGUCGGUCCUAUCCAGAAUAAACUGCAAUAUGAGAGAGUCAAGGAGGUGUACUCCGAGAUUGGCACACAAGGCUGGAAGCAAGCCCUUGAAGGCCAGGUAAUGAGCGGUUCAAAGGGGUAUUACAUUAGCCCUUCCAUCAUUGACGAUCCUCCCGAGGACUCCCGCAUUGUGACUGAUGAGCCCUUCGGGCCCAUUGUCCCUAUCCUGAAAUGGUCUGACGAGGACGAUGUCGUUCGACGCGCGAACAAUAGCAAGUAUGGCUUGGGUGCGUCCGUGUGGUCCAAGGACCUCGACCGCGCUGAGAGGAUUGGAAGACGACUCUCUGCUGGAAGCGUGUGGCUCAAUUCGCACUUCGACGUGGCUCCCAACGUGCCGUUUGGGGGACACAAGUGGAGCGGACUGGGAAGUGAGUGGGGGAUGACGGGCUUGAAGAUGUAUUGCAACUCGACGUCUCUGUGGAAGUGGAAGAAGGUCAUGAUGGUCGAUGACAACACUCAUUCCCCCGCUCUGCCCCUCUUCCUCUCCUUGAUCCUGAUUGGAGAAGUGCUGUGGUCUGCGGCUGAACCGAAAGUCGUGCACAUCUUGGGCAUGGUCAGGCAGCUUUCUUCUGCCAUAGCCAAGAAUAAACAAAUCGCAAUGAUGGAUCCUGCCACUGCAUUUUCCAUUGCAGGCGGUGUCGUCACAUUUGUUGAGUUUGGGGCGAAACUAGUCUCUCUCUAUGCAGAGAUUCGAAGGUCGAAAGAUGGGCGCCCUCCCAAUUUGUCCGCGCUUGAGACAGAGUCUCAUGAGCUCCAAGGACAUGCAAACGAGGCGAGAGACAAAAUUGACAGUCUGCGACAACUGUAUCCACUGCAAUCCGAGAGCCUCAAGCGACUAGCUGCCAAAUGCACCCAUGUGGAGCAGCGCCUGAAAGGUCUCCUUCAGAGCCUGACGGCUAAGCAGUCCAGAAGCGCCCAAGCUAUGAUCGCUGUCCGCGGCUUGAUGAAGCAAAAGGAGAUCGAAGAUCUCCAAAACCAGUUACGAAGUAUUCGCGAGCAGAUAAUGAUGAAUGUCAUAUUAUGUGCUGCGGAUGGCGUCAAGGAGAACCGUGCAAGGCUCAACAACAUAGACGAGGGAGUCGAGAGGAUCACUGAUAGUCUCAAUACCUUGCAGUCGACCAUAGACAGCCUUCGACCUGAUUUCGAAAACGUCUCUAAGGGGCGGCCAUUGCAGAAGCCUCCAGAGGUAGAUCGAAUGGUGAAUGGACUAUGGACUUCACUCACUGCAGCUGAUCCAGUUGGUCCUUCACCUAUUGGACUCUCUGAGGGACCUCUUUCGUUAUCUGAGGAGAUGGUCUACCAAAAGAUUCUAAGCAGCCUCGAUUUUGAGAACAUCUUGGCUCGAGAGAAGCAGAUCCAGGAACCUUUCCCAGAAACAUUUCAAUGGCUACUACAUGAUGAUCACCCCAAGUGUGACGGAAGGGCUAGCUCAGACCAGCGGACAGAAUUUCAAAAAUGGCUCGAAUCCACCGGCAACAAGUCACCUUUUUGGAUUACGGGAAUCCCGGCCUCUGGCAAGAACACACUAAUGAAAUACAUCUGUAAUAAUCAUCAAGUGCGGAAACACCUGAAAGUCUGGUGUUCUGAACUCCGACUUGUCACUUGCAAUGUCUACUUGUGGAAUCCAGGUUCGACAAGUCAGAAAAGUCAAAUUGGGCUUCUAUUGACUAUGCUUCGCCAACUCCUUCAACAAAGACCAACGAGUUACCAAAAUGUUGCUUCGAAGCGCUUUUUCUACUAUCAGCUGGCAGGAAUCGACGCCCCAGACGCCCCGAAGUGGACAGCGGAAGAACUUAAGGAUAGCAUUGUUGGCUUUGCAUCUGUCAUCAAGGACACUGAUGGUCUCGCCAUCUUCGUUGAUGGCCUGGAUGAAUAUGAAGGCAACCUCAAAGAACUAAUCUUCUUUUUCAAGCGCCUACAUGAGGAGCACAUAAUUAAGCUUUGUGUGUCGAGUCGACCUUGGAACAUCUUCCAGGACGAGUUUCAUGCGUACCCGUCGCUUAGGAUGGAACUCCUCACUAAGCCGGACAUCAUCAAUGUGAAGGACCUGGAGUAUCAAAUCAUUGAAAGGGCUGUCGGGGUAUUUCUCUGGGUAGUUCUUGUCGUUGAACAACUUGUCCUCACCGUCCAGGAUGACAACAGCCUACAGAGACUCUGGGACGAGUUUGAAAAGUUGCCUCCGAGAUUGAACGAUCUAUAUUCCUCGAUGAGACACCGACUUGACAAAGACCUCCGGUCAAGCGCAUCCAAAAUGUAUCAGCUAUUGUUUCAUUGGAAGAAAUUCCAUCAACGUGACCUCUCCGCUAUGGACUUUUGGAUAGCCACUGAGUGUCAGGAUCCCGUCAACCCACCUCCGUUUCCUACAGAUGAUGAGGAGACAUUAGGAGUCAUCCCUUUACUAGAAAGACGAUUGGCGGGCCACACGCGAGGCAUGAUACAAAUCACUCACCGCUUGGCCAAGGCUGGUGACUUGCAUGACUUGCCAGACAGGUCAGUCAAUUUUCUCCACCGAACAGUAUAUGACUGGUUGCAAGAAAAUCGGAACGCCAUUAUCAGCGAUGGGCCUCGAAAUUAUGAUCCUGGCCUUGUUUGGGCAUCGGUCUUCGUCUCUCGACUGAAGGGAUUCAGACGUACACCAUACAGAACAGAAAUUCCGCUCCUAAAGGAUGUAUUUUUCAUGGGAAGUACAUGCAAGGACACGACAGAAAGCAGGCGCAAAUUGCUUGCGAGCAUCGCAGGACUUCAGGGAAAAACGCUCAAGCAACUCAAAGCCCACAUCGCCGACGGAAGUCUUCUCACAGACGCGAUCGCCUAUAGCAGUGGGGACGCAAGUCUUCUUUCUUUUCUGGCAGCUAAAUACUCUUGCGCAGCUUAA